AUGUUGAUUAAAAAUAAAUUUCCCUCCUUCCCUCUAAUUUUAUUUUUCACCAUUUAUUUAUUUUUCUGUUUAAAUUGGAAUUUUGUUGAAUCAAAAAAUGUGGAAAGCCGAAAUCUUGAAAUUUUAAAAACUAAAGAAAUGUUAAACUUAGGAGGAAAAAAAUUUAAUUUUAAUAAAACUGACAAGUUAAACUCGAGAAAAAAUGGGGACGAAUUUUUUGUUGAUUUUGCUAUGAUUCUUUAUGAUGGUGUUUAUAAUAGUUGUAAUCCUGAGAUGUCUGAACAGCUGUAUUCUAAAAAUUUUUGUUAUGAUGAAGAAAAAUAUUUUCAAAAUUAUUGCGAUUUGGAUAAGAUGAGUAAACCGAUUAAUGCUACAUUUGAUGUAAGUCAACCUUCAAACGGAUGGAUUAAGGGUUAUUUGAGAGGAUAUCAGUGGAUAUGA